GAGAGGGGGACCAAGAAAAAAGCUUCUUCCUCUUCCUUCCAUAUAAUAAAACGCGCACCCGAGCUGGUUGUGGGAAUCUCUUUGAACGGCGUUUACUCACUGAUUCCGCAUACACAGAGAGUGAGAGAGAGAGAGAGAGAGAGAGAAGAGGAAGACGGAAGGUGAAGAGGAUAGCGGUUUUGCGAGCUUGUCCAGGUGGUUUUGUAACGGUCCCGGGAAGGCUCUUCGGCGGUUUUUGCGUUACGCUGCUGUUGGAAUCGCGGCGGCCGGAGGUUUCGUGCGCGUCGUUUCGUAGCAUUUGCUGGAGCUGUUCCUUGCUGUGCGGACAGAGACUAGAUUACCUGAGCUCCCUCCCGUGGUUCUGCUCGCUUUGACUCAGUGGAGAGUCCGCGGAAAUGGCAAAUCGAGCUGAAGUUUCAGGAGAUGACGAUCUGUACUCGGAGCUGUGGAAGGCAUGCGCGGGGCCGCUGGUUGACGUCCCGCGCGAAGGAGACAGAGUGUUCUACUUCCCGCAAGGUCACAUGGAACAAUUGGAGGCAUCCAUGAAUCAGGAACUGAAUCAGAGGAUUCCUCUGUUCGGUCUCAGCUCCAAGAUUCUUUGCCGCGUUAUUCACGUUCAGCUGCUGGCAGAGCAAGAUACCGACGAGGUCUACGCGCAGAUAACCCUGCUGCCGGAGCAAAAUCAAGAGGAGCCUACGAGUCCCGAUCAGUGCCCUCCUGAGCCUCCUAGACCGACAGUCCAUAACUUUUGCAAGGUUUUAACUGCUUCCGAUACGAGCACUCAUGGCGGGUUCUCUAUUCUCAAGAAGCAUGCUACUGAAUGCCUUCCUCCGCUGGACAUGAACCUGGCGACACCGACUCAAGAGUUGGUCACCAAGGAUCUGCAUGGUUAUGAAUGGAAAUUUAAGCAUAUUUUCAGAGGUCAACCGCGGAGGCAUUUGCUCACCACUGGAUGGAGUACCUUUGUUACUUCGAAGAGAUUAAUUGCUGGGGAUUCCUUUGUUUUCCUGAGAGGUGAGAAUGGAGAAUUACGCGUUGGAGUCAGACGUCUUGCUCGUCAACAGAGCAGCAUGCCUUCAUCUGUGAUAUCAAGUCAGAGCAUGCACCUAGGAGUUCUCGCAACUGCCUCUCACGCAGUUCAAACCCAAACCCUCUUUGUUGUCUAUUACAAGCCCAGGACAAGUCAGUUCAUUAUAACCUUGAACAAAUAUCUUGACGCUGUAAAGAAUAAGUUUGCUGUUGGUAUGAGAUUCAAGAUGAGUUUUGAGGGUGAGGAUACUCCUGAGAGAAGGUUCUCUGGUACGAUAGUAGGGGAAGAAGAUAUUUCGCCUCACUGGCCUGAUUCAAGAUGGCGAUCCCUGAAGGUUCAAUGGGAUGAACUGGCAUCGAUUCUGAGGCCUGAUAGAGUUUCUCCAUGGGAGAUAGAGCCAUUUGUAACCUCUGUGCCUGCACCUCUACCUCAAUCUGUAUCACUGAAGAAUAAAAGGCCUCGAGCAGCUGAAGUCUCUGGUCUCGGAGAUGCAGCGGCUCCAGCUCUCCGAAGCUCUAUGUUGACACAGUCGCAUGAUCAGCUGAGUGUUACUGCUGAAGGAAAGCAUGGUGAUCAUCAUGUUUUGUGGCACCAUAGCCAAACAGAUAUGAAUGGCAGUUGCAUGAACGGCAGUGGCAACUGCAACUCUAUUCCGAGGACUCGGAACGAGGGCGUGUGGCCAUCUUCUUCCUGCGUGACUGUUACUCAGCAUGUCUUUGAGGAGACGAAUGAGGAAGAUAAAGCAGUCUCCACUUGGCCUAUUGUCCCAGCCUAUUCUACUGCAUACCCAUCGAAGCCUAAAACUGAAUUGACACUUGAUCCCGUCGAGAAGGUUAAGAAGCCUGAGACAGCUUCUAGUUGUCGAUUGUUUGGUAUUGACCUGAUGAGUCACUCCGUAAGCCCCCGGCCUCAGGAGAAGGUGCCUGUGGAGCCACUCAAUGUAUCAGCGGUUAGUAAUGAAAUGUCUGUUGCAGAUUCGAGCCUGAAACCCGAACUUUCAAAGGCCCCCAAGGAUACCAACCAAGGGCAGCAAGUGUGGGCAAAAGAGAGCCAAAGCAAGCAGAAUGUAAUUUCCUCGAGGAGUCGAACUAAGGUUCAAAUGCAGGGCAUUGCUGUCGGUCGUGCUGUGGACUUGACUGUGUUGGAUGGAUAUGAUCAACUUAUAGACGAGCUAGAGGAGAUGUUUGACAUGAAGGGAGAGAUUCGGCCUAGGAACAAGUGGGAGAUAGUCUACACUGACGAUGAAGGGGAUAUGAUGCUCGUCGGGGAUUAUCCAUGGCAGGAGUUCCGCAACAUGGUGAGGAGGAUAUUCAUAUGGUCGAUCCACGAUGUGAAGAAGAUGAGCUCUGGGAGUAAGCUCCCAGCAUCCUCGACAGAAGACGAAGGUACCUUGAGGGGUGUGGAACAGGCUGAAACUUGAACCAAAUACAUCGUCCUAACUGCUUCGACCCUUUUAUAAAAUAUUUAGCUGUCCUUUUUAGAUUCGUGGCUUGAUUUUUGUUUGCGGCCGAAGUGGCCUGUGUCUAUACUUUUUCGGCAUGUUAAGAAGGUUUGGUUGGUUGGGGGAGAAACCUGGGACUCCACCGCGAUGGACAAUUACAUUUUGUAGCUCGCGAUUAUUUUUAGAGCUAUAAGCUUUUGUUGUUAGCUUAGGAUCACCAUCAUCGCCAUCAUCAUCAUAAUCAACAUCAGUAGUUCAUUAAGUGGGUUUUUAAUUAAAGAGGUGGGGUGAUGUGAGAUGGAUGGGUCCAUGGUCUGAUCAGGUCUUUCUUCUUUUCUUUUGGGCUUAGUUUAAUCAAAGAUUAGAGAAUCUGUGAAUAUUUAUUAUGGAUUUGAUCUCUGGUGGGUAGAGGAAGUGGGGGGUUAGUGGGAAGUCCUUUGUUUCUCCUUUGUAAAUAUAAAUAUAUUUAUAUGUUCGUAGUUUCGUAUAUAUUUCGUUAUUUUAAUAUGGCAGUGGAAUGUAUGUGGAAGCUAUGGUCUUUUACUCUUUUUGUAA